CUGCGCUUCGAAUCCACCCUCCUCAUCCCCCCCGGCUCCCGCCCUCACGCCUCCCCAUCUGGAGCCGUCAACGCAAUCUGGCCCGGCCUCCAAGAAGGUGACCUCCUCCAAAACGUGCUCACCAACCAAAAGAUCGCCCCGGGCAACAAGGGCGGACAAUGGUUCCACCUCCCCUUUUUCUGCUGCAAGAAAGCGGGGAAUAUAUCUGAGGAGGUGCAGGUGUAUCCGGGUGAUGCGUUGACGAGUUUGUAUGUCUGGGAUGGGUCGAGGAAUUUGUGGUUGGAUAGUUGGGUUUUGGCGAGUGCGGGGGGUUGGUUGAUAGAUGGUAAGGGGGGAGAUGGGAGGAAGGGGUUUAUGGGGAGCGUGACGUAUGAUUCUGCUAUUGGAGGGGGGAAUGGGACGUAUACGCAUGCGAUUUUGGCGAUUGAGUUGCAAGAACUGGGAAAGUGGGAUUGGGGCCCCUUUACGUGGCGGAAUGUUAUUGUGCAGGCGAGGACUAAGGAGACGACGGUAUGUAUCUCCACCCUCUUCCUUCCAUCCCUCCCUCUUUCUCUAUUUUGAGAUAAAGGGUUGUUUAGGACGAUCGCUAAUUGGUUACUUACAGUGGUGUACGAAAUUCCUCUCUUCCGAUCUGAAAUUCCAUACCAGUCCCCCUGUUGCGACCACCGAUGGUGAGUUGACUAUUUGUUACAUUGGGACCGUGGUAUUUGAGGGGCCGGGUGAGAAAAGGAAGGGGUAA